AAGCAUUAGGGUCCUGAGGCAUGGGGCUCACCACGGGGCCAAACGGAGCUCGUGCUGCCCCUCAGAAAAGCUUGCGUCGAGUGUGGCAGCGGGGCGGUCGUGGUUCAAAGGUGAGGCAUCGGGGCGGCACAAUGGAGGGCGAGCAGAGUACUCCUGCCUCCAGUGCCAGCAGCAGUACAGGCACCAGUACCUCCACCACAAACUCCACAGGCACCUCCACUGCCAGCACUGUCAGCUCCAGCAGCAGCAGCACGAGCAGCGGAAGAGCGGCCGUUCCACAGAUAUCUGUAUACAGCGGCAUACCUGACCGACAGACUGUACAGGUGAUCCAGCAGGCUCUACACAGGCAGCCCAGCACAGCGGCGCAGUACCUGCAGCAGAUGUAUGCAGCUCAACAGCAGCAUCUGAUGCUGCAAACGGCAGCUCUACAGCAGCAGCACCUCAGCACAGCGCAGCUGCAGAGCCUCGCAGCAGUGCAGCAGGCCAGUUUAGCAGCCAGCAGACAAAACCAGAAUGGGACCUCAUCUACGCAGAGCGGGCCAUCGCAGACCACAAUUAAUUUAACUACGUCCCCUGCCUCUGCUCAGCUGAUCAGUCGUGCCCAGAGUGUAAACUCCAUCCCCUCUGGGAUCUCCCAGCAAGCUGUGUUGCUAGGCAACGCCUCAAGCUCCACCCUGACAGCCAGCCAAGCUCAAAUGUACCUGCGAGCACAGAUGGCUCAGCAGAGUAAUCUUGUGCAUGUAGCCAGGAGUCUGGGCCGAGCCGUCCCUCUGUCCCCUCAGCUGAUUCUGGCUCCUACAGCUACAGUAACUGCUCUACAGUCUGACACUAAUACAGCCAAUAACACACAGUCUGCCUCCGCACAGGUGCAGAACCUUGCCCUGCGCAACCAGCAGGGGGUGUCUUCCACCUCUCAGUCCUCAGGCCUCCAGGCACUGAGUUUAAAGCAGACCCCUGUCUCCAUUCAGCCCACCCCGCUCAUCAAGACACCCAGCCAGAGUGCUUCCUGCUCAGACACUGGGAAAAGCAACGUGAACGCUGCUUCCUCGGAUGGAGUGAAGAAGGGAGAGGAAGGGCAAACAGAGAUGAAAGCACUUAACAUGAGUCGUAAUGUGUCCUCGUCACAUCCCUUAAUCGCACCAGCUGAACGUUCGGCAGGAAAUUUCGGGGUUUUCCAGGGUUGCGCUCUGCAGGGAAUAACUCAUCAACUCCUUAUUCUGAACAUCCGGGAGAAAGAAAGAGUGAGAGAAACGUAUGCCCAAAUCCAGCCGCAGGCCCUGAUUAAGCAGCAACCGCAACAGUUUGUCAUUCAACCCCAAGCCCCACCCACCUCAAGAACCCAGCCUCAGUUACUGCAAACCGUCUCGGUCCAGCCCCACCAACAGACAGCCUCACUGGCCAUCCAGAGCUCUGCCCAGACCUCAUCGGUAGCAGGGAUCAUUCCGGUUUUGCCUAAACCAGCACUUCACAACCAGGGAUCGGCUCAGAAUCAACAGGCCACCAUCUUCCAUUCAACCGUAAGCCACCAUGCACUCAGCCAGCACAGCUCACACACAGGCCUGGCCCAUGCUAAAGCUCAACCGGUCCAACUGACAGCCAUCAAUCUCCAAAUCCAACCAGCACAACGCCAGGCUUCAAGACUUGCUCAGGAUGACAAGGAGAAGCCCACCUCUUUGGUGGUAAGAGAGAUUUGUCCGCCAGUACAAAUGCAGCCAACCACUACGACCCAAGGCACCGACCCCCCUGAACAAUCCAAAAUCGACACCGUUAACGCUACAUCUCAAACUCAAGGCUCUGUGGAGACAGCGCGCGACCCCACGGGAGCACUGGUGACACCGACCAUGACCUCGGAAGCCCCAAGCGAGCCGCCUCCGGCAGCUGUGACGGGAAGUGUGGCACAAAACGGCGAGAACAAGCCACCCCAAGCCAUUGUAAAGCCACACGUCCUCACGCACGUCAUCGAGGGUUUUGUCAUUCAGGAGGGAGCUGAGCCAUUCCCUGUGGAGAGACCACCGGUGCAGGCAGACAGCCCCAAGAAACCAGACACGCAGCUUCCCUCAGAUCCAGAGAAAACGGCCAGCAGUAAUUCCCUCAGUGCCACAAACUCAGACAUGGAGGAGGCUGGACAACAAGACACGAGGACUCUGGAGGAACCGGAGGAGCCCAAGCUCACAUGUGAACUCUGUGGAUGGGUCGAUUUUGCCUACAAGUUCAAACGUUCAAAACGCUUCUGUUCCAUGGUCUGUGCUAAAAGAUACAGUGUAAGUUGCACGAAGCGGGUUGGUCUGUUCCACCCCAACAGAACUAAAACAACCAAUCAGAUAAAUCAGUGGAGAAGGAGGAGGUCUCAUAGUCCCAGAGGCAGGGAGGCCAAAAAGCAGCGGCUCUCUGUGCCUCAGCAAUCUCAGGGAGAAUCUAUAUCCUCACCGCUCCAAUCUCAGCCUAGUCAAGGAGAGUCCAGCCCCUGCUCGGAUAUCUCCAGCUAUGAGGAAGCAACUUCCCCGCUCUCUGCAGCCAGUUCUGGCCCAAUCGUUUCUCAAGGUGGGCUCGCUGCUAACGAUCCCGAAGAGCUUCCUCUCCUCAGUCAGCACUUCCUGCCAAUUGACCCCACCAAAUGGAAUGUGCAUGAGGUGUUUGAGUUCAUUCGCUCUUUGCCAGGUUGCCAGGAGAUUGCAGAUGAGUUUCGUGCUCAGGAGAUUGAUGGACAGGCCAUGCUGCUACUGAAGGAAGAUCACCUAAUGAGUGCCAUGAAUAUUAAAUUAGGACCCGCCCUCAAAAUCUUCGCUCGCAUAAACAUGCUGAAAGAUUCCAAGCCUUGAAAAGGCAGCAAGUGUGUGUGUGUGUGUGUGUGUGUAUAUGUGUUCUCUGAUGUCACUGGCCUUGACCUAGUGACUACAGCACCCCAACUGCACUACAACAUUUUUUUUUAAUAAUUAAUAUCUAAAAACUUUACACAUAUUGGGGCUAAAGCCCAAAACUGCACCUCCUCAAGAAAAGAACUGAAAUAAAUUCAGCUAGAACAAAAAAUGACCCGACUACCUAUGAAAAAUCGCACAAUAGUGACUUAUACCAAAUGGAAGGCAUUAUGAAUCAGUGAUUUGGAAUUCUGACUGGGACUCUUAACUUAACUAGUAGUAUCGGUGCUCAGAAGAAAUCUUUGGGCAAUGUAUGUAACACAACAGUGCUGUCCAAACAGAACUAAUAUUAUCAUGUGGUUUUACAAUCCCACAUCUUGGCCCAGAUGUCUCUGGAUUGUACAUUUGUUGUUUUCAGGUAUCAUUUUGUCUUAUUGUACAUGUCAGAUGCUUUUGUACAGUACAAAUAUGUUUAAGUAAAUUAUUCUUACCUUUGUGUGUGAGUAUUUGUAACAGUUGAAUCACAACAAACUGGUGCUAUUUCACUAUCACAUUUACUUUGAGAAGCCUUGAAUAACAGAAGCACAGUAACAGAAUAUUCAACUUUAAACCUGAAGACCGAUAAGAAGGGAUCCAGUCUGAAAAAUUCCAGUCAACAGCGCCUUAUUCAAUAUGUGUCCGUACAGACGCUCUGGUUUUGAGAUGCACAUUACAUUGUAUUUGUCUUGGAUAUUGGGAAUGAUGCUAUGUUUAGUUUUAAUUGUGCCCUGAUUUGUCAUUGUAUGUUGCUAGAAAGGAUUGUGAUGAUGAAUUGUUUUUUGUACAAUGCUUUGCGAAAUGCCUGUAUUUAUCAGAUGAAUGAAAUUUGUAAUAUAACAUUUUUAAUUAAGUA